UCCGACCAAUCAGCGCGCAGGGGGUUGUGUGCAGGCGUUGAACUGCAAUGGCGGAGACAAUGAAGCUGAGUGGAAAUCACGCUCCUCCUAACGGGUCCAGGGAAAUGUCCAGCUACAGGGACUGCGUGUGUGUGAUACUGCAGCUGCUGGCAGACUUCGGGAAAGAGCUCAAAUUAAGUGAUGCUGCACUGAAAAUAGAAGUCAACUUGGAAGCUGUGGAUCUUCCGUCAUCUCCAGAUGCUCACGCGUUUAAAUGUUUGCAGGAGCACAUCACUAAAUUACAGGCUGUUUCAGAAAGCUUAAGUACACUGGUGGAUGCUGAUGAUGAUACGUCAUCGGCACAAAACAACACAUCAGAUGAUGCUGUCACCUCAUCGCCACUCCAAGAGCAGACGUCUGAGCGCCAUCCUCUCAGCUCAGAGGAUGCAGAAAGCAAGACGGCGGCUGAUGACGUCAUGGUUCAGAUCAGAGCCAGGAAGUCAGAGAUUGAGCGAAGAAUAUCUGCAUUUAUGGAACGCAAGCAGAUGGAGAUCAAUGAAAACAAUGUACGCGAGUUUUGCAACGUGAUCGACUGCAAUCAGGAAAAUAGCUGUGCCAGAACAGAUGCAGUUUUCACUCCAUAUCCAGGUUUUAAAAGCCAUGUGAAAGUUACGCGGGUGGUAAACAAUUACGGGCCCCAGACUCGUGGUGGGGGAGGUCAAGGAGAGGCUGGGGAGCCGCAGAGGGGGCUGAUGGCAAGAGACUGCGGAAAUGCAGCCAUAGAAGAACGACUUCACAACAUCGAGACACACCUGAAGCUCCCAACAGCGGGUCCAGUUCCAUUGAGUGUCUACCAGAGACUAAAGAAGCUGGAGGAUCGUAUCCUGGAGUUGGAGGGACUCUCCCCCGAGUACUUUCAGUCCACGAGUCACCUACACAAGCGACCAAAGACGUCCCCUGCUCAGGCUUGCAGUCUGACCGAGCUGGAUGAGAAGAUCAGUGCAGUGAAAGCGGCACUGCUGAAGAGGGUUAAUGAAUUCGGGCCUGGAUAUGGACCAGAGUGCCCGCUGUAGCACACCCACAAUCCAGUGCUCCCAACUCACAGUCCCUUCAACAUGAAUCAUCCGUUCAUUUUUGUAUUCCUUACUUUUUCAUUUGCACCAUUGUCACAAUACUGUAUGUGAUUAAAAACAAACAUUUCAUGUGAGAUUAAGUUUAUUGCCAUUAAAGACAUAAAACUGUACAAUAGUUUUGUAGUUAACUGAGAUAUAAUUGAUCUGUAAAUAAAGGUAUUUUUUCCUUCAUGAAAA